ACUUCCUGUUGCAAGGAAAUCAAAGGUGUCGUAUGCUAAAAGCGCAGUGGGAAUAUCUAACGGUUUUAUUGGUCUAUUGGAAUAAAAUAAUAAUAAUUGAUGGCUUCGAACGAUGGGGAGUACCGGGUCGCAGGCUGUAUUGGAAAGGGGGCAUUUGGACAGGUUCUUCUGCUAGAAAACUCGGCUGGAGAUCAGGCGGCACUGAAGGUUGUAGAAUUGGCGGGAAAAGAUUCCAAAAUCAUCGAAUUGACUCUUCAAGAAGUGUGUCUGCUAGCUAAGCUGAAUCACGAGCACAUCUUGAAGUUUCUAAACUUUGAGCAAGAUGGAUCUGCCUUGUUGAUUUUGACAGAGUUUUGUCCGAAUGGUGACCUCUCUGGUUACAUCAGCAAACAUCGAGGUGAGAAGAUGGACGAGAGACGCCUGGUGGAAUGGGUUCGCCAGAUUGCGUCUGCUUUAGAGUACCUACAUAAUCUUCCUAAGCCGGUGAUACACCGCGAUCUGAAGAGCCCCAAUGUUUUCCUGGACGCAAACUGGGACACGCGGCUUGGUGAUUUCGGGGUUUCCAGGGUGAUUGAGUCCUCGACAGACAUGGCGACUACUCAAGUGGGGACCCCGAUGUACAUGGCUCCAGAGAUGUUUAGUGGAUUGCCGUAUACUGAGAAGACUGACAUCUUUUCCCUGAGCAUCCUGAUGUAUGAGAUGGCUACAAUGGACAACGACUCCUUUGAGAACAUGAUGGGACAGAAGGUGUUUAUGAUGAUGAUCUUCAGGAUCGUACACCAUCAGGUUCCGACGAUGCCGACCGGCUACAGUGCUGGAGUUACGGACCUUAUGAAAAUAAUGAUGCAGGCGGAUCCCAGUCAACGCCCGUCGGCUGACGAAAUCCUCCGACAAAAUAUCUUUAAAACAACCGGCAAGCCACCGCCAAUUACUGAUCCGCCCAAAGGGACUGACAUUGAAGACGACGAUGGCGAGGACACAUACCUUUCAUCGGAGACCCUCACAUGGAUAAACCUCAGUAUCGAGGGCGAUAUAUCGAUGGGAAGGAGAACAAAACCAGUCGACGGAAAACAAGAUGCCGGGGCUGUUGGUGGAAAUAUGAUUGUUGAUUUGCUUUCUGAAAAUCCCAUUCUGGGUUUGGUGACAAGGGUUCUUGAUGACAUGGGCAAAACACAUCUUGUUAAAGGUCGCUCGAAGCAAGAGAAAAAUGCUGAAAUGCUGAAAAUGUACUGCCUUCAUUGCAUGGACAACAACGAGGAGUUGUUUAAAAAGGCGAGUGCGGCACUGACGGCUAGCCAUGACGAAGAUCAGAUCGAGGAGACACUGAUUCGAAUCCUGGGCCAUGAGCGAUACGGUCUUUGCGGCAUGCAGCUGCUGCAUUACAAAAAUUACACGUUUGCGAUGAAAAAUAUGUAGACUUAUCAGUAUGACUUAGCAGGCCUUGUUGGAACAAUUUCACAGUUAACACCAUUGUUUUGAUAUACAAUGUAUAAAGAAAACAUGUAUGCAUGUUUACAGAAAUCUUUUCUCCACAGGGUUAGAUGGGCAUUGCUUAUGUUUUUCCACAAGCCUUUCAGCUAUUAACCUUGAACUUAAAGUUGUCCAUUGAUCUUAUUAAGGACAUAUGAACAAGAACCUUUUAUAAAUUAAAUGAAUCAACCUAUUAUAAUGACGCUUUCUACAUAGAUACCUUAUAUCGAAACCUCGCUUGAUAUCUGCACAUGGUCAGUGCAUCGCAAUUCGGUAUCGAGUAAGAUAGCAGCAACAACACGUUCAUGCGUGCUUUGAAAACGACAUACCCCAAUCUAAUCCGCGAAAUUUUUAAAUCACUAAUUUUAUUUAGGACUUCGUUUACAUUGCUUGCUGCCACAUUUAAUAUAUAACAAAUGCGCUCCGUAUUGCUAUUAUUAGCAUUUUAAUCCGAAUGGUAUGCAUGUGAUAAUUUACUCUCCAUUUUGGUUUAUUUUCCACUUUUAUUAGGUUUUAAGGACAUUGUGUAAUGUGUAAGUUUGUGUCUUAAUUUCGUGUAUUUUCUAGCUUUUUUUAAACCCAUAAAUAUAUUUCUUUAUAUUCCUUUAUAGUCUAUUCCCAACUGUUAUUACAAAAUGCCAAAUUUAGAUUUGUACUGUGAUAAUAAAAUUUGGCCAUUUAUCUGUGAUAUCAUUCCAUUUAAGAAUGUGUACUUUUAUGAACUUUAUUAUAAGGUUAAUGUUUAAAAGCUACUUUUUGUUAUUAAAAAGCUCUCUUUGUCAUGCCACCAGCACAAAAAGGACCAUAAUGAAAAUAAGAGUUGCUCUUUUUUUGUGUUAUCCGUGGUGUUGGUGUGCAUGUCAUGGUUUAUUUAUUCUCAUGUGUUCUACGACUUUGUAUUAUACAUGUUGUUUUAAAUGUCCAUGUAGAUCUAUGUGUAUUCCAUGGCGAAAUAAAUCAAUCAAACACAUAUAAACAGCAUAGCAACCGAUUACCAACAUGUCACAAUACUAUUUUGUGAUAAUGCGAUUUAUUCCAACCAGUGUUACGUAAUACAUUAUGUACACUACGUAUUACUGUAUGAUCACUUCCUCUUCUCAUGAUCUUUGUAUAUGUAUUGUAACACAGUUAAGACAAUGCACUAUUUACAAUCGUAAUAAUUUUUCAGUUCUGUCCUGUUAUUUUGACAAAGCUGUGGUCAAGUUUAUUAUUAAGCACAUGCCAUACCCUGUUUCCAAUGUAAAAUAACCAUUACGAAUAUUUGUAUCUUACAAAUGUGUAAUAUACUUUUUAAGCGUU